AUGUAUCGAUUGAGAGCUAUAUUGAGAAAAUGCGGGCAAAGUGCCCCAAUACUGGCGCCCAUAGCUGUGAUCUCUGGCCACUGUUGGCGCCGACGAAACGGUGACCAAAAUGAGACAAACGAGUGGACAAACACACGAUUAUGGCCGGAGUUCGCACUGAGAAACGCCCGUUUGAACGGUACGGAAGUUCGGGACCACUUCGACGACUGGAAGCAAUCGGUGAUUAUAACCAUAAUUGACAGGCAAUAUGUGUGCGGUUUUAUAGUGAAUAGCGGAGAGUAUGUCGUGAUGUCGGCGCUCGUCAUCCAAGGUAUGGGUUCCGUCAAGUUUGGUCUGUCGGCGCCCCGACUCACGAGCGAACUGUUUGUGGCCAAACCCAACGCACCGCAGCAUACGGUCGAUCUCGAGGGUCAGGUGAUAUACGUGGACGAGUCGGUCGGUCUGGCGCUCAUCAAAGUGCACGACAUAAUCCCCGGAGCCCUUCACGCGCUGCCUCUGGCCGACCAGACCCGUGCCGGUCAACACGUGGUUGUGUUGGGCGCUCUGUGCGGCAAAACUGGCUGUAGUUUUAUUACCGGGACUAUCAGAUCGCUAGACGGGCCGCCAGUCACUGGCCAUCGCAGUGUACUCGAUCCGGACCGUCAGUACUUCGGCCAUAAUAUCACAUCUGUGGUCAACUUUAGCGGCGGUCCAGUGCUCGAUAUGAGUGGCCGAGUGGUGGGCGUUAUGAUGAGAGACGAAUACAUCUUACCGGUUAAGGACUUACGCGAGUUUAUCCAAAGAGGUCUGGAUUAUCAACCGCUGGCCCGCAAAAAGGACUACUCAUUUGAGGGCAAGUGUCGGUUGGGAGUGGCGUUGAGCUGCGAUGAUAAGGGUUACCACGUGUUGAUGUUAAUCGACAAUCCGAUUGACAAUCCCAUCGAUAAUACCCGGAGACCCGUGGGUCAGAUCAUUCACCUCACUGUUGAUCGCGGGGGCCAUGAAGUGCUUGUGUCGGUUGUCUCCAAACCUCUGUACUUAGAAGUCGCUAAAUCCCGGGACUUCACGGGGCGAGUAGUGUUGGCCACCGGGUCCUCAACGGGUAUUGGGGCCGCUAUUGUCAAACUGUUUACUGUUUACGGGGCGGAUGUGGUCAUCACUGGUCCCACUGAAGCUCAAGUCAAACAAACAGCUCAAGAAGUCCACAAACUAUCACCAAAAUCUAAGACUCUGGAAGUGGUGGCAGAUGUGAGCAAAAGUAGUGAUUUAAAGCGUUUAAUGAAUGAGACGAUCACCACAUUUGGUAAACUCGAUGUAUUGGUGAACAGCGCGUCCAUAAUGCCGAUGGCGAACAUCACGACACCUAAUCUGAUGCACAUCUGGGAUCAAGUGUUUACUUAUAAUCUGCGGUCAGUGCUUGAGCUCACACAACUGGCUGUGCCUCAUCUGGAAAAGACCAAGGGCAGUAUUGUCGAUAUAUCUAGCGUGACCAGCAUGACUGCCGUUAGCAAUAAAGUGACCAGUAUGCAAGAAAAAAUCAAGCACGUGACACCAUUGGGCCGAUUGGGUGAGCCCCUGGACGUGGCCCGGGCCACAGUUUUCUUAGCCUCGAGCGACGCCCAGUUUAUAACCGGCGCUAAUCUCAUAGUCGACGGCGGAGUUAUACCUAAUUUUGGCAUUUUUAAUAUGAACUAG